AUGGCAGACACCAUAGGCGCCCAGAUUGAGCCUGCCGUGCGCUUCAGCUACAAACCGCUCGAGUCCCCAGACAGUAUUCGUUUGCUGCUACUUGAGGCUCCGUCGGACGAUCAUGCUGAGAUUAUUACGGGGCAUAUACAACAUACUACUCUUACGCAAUGCGAGCGCGACUUGAUCGAGCCUUAUACGGCGCUUUCGUAUGUGUGGGGCGAUGCUUCAAUUACAAAAGCCGUGCUAGUGGAUGGAGCCCCCGUACAGGUCACAGUUAAUCUGUUCAACGCUCUUCGAGAUAUCAGGGACCAAAAAAGGGUAAUGAGAUUGUGGGCGGACGCUCUUUGCAUCAAUCAGAGUGAUAAUGAGGAGAAAGCGUUGCAAGUGGGCUUGAUGGGUCGAAUCUAUUCUGUAGCGGGAAGCACUAUCAUCUAUCUGGGUAGUCCGAUAUCCAACGACAACAUUGACGGCGUGAGCAAAGCAAUCGGUCAUGACUCCUUGGAUAGAUCUAAGUGUGAUGAUAUCUUGAGAUCGUCAUGGUUCCGGAGAGCAUGGGUAUUUCAAGAAGCGGUUUUGUCUCGCGACCCGAGAAUACAAUUUGGCAAGUGGAGGUGCAAGUGGGAUGAUCUCGUUAAUUUCGCGUCUCAACAACAAGGGAUUGAAAAUACUGCUCAAGCAGGGAACAGGGACAUACCUCUAAUAGCAGACUAUGUCGAAGUCCAAGCUUAUCAAGACAUCACGUCAGCAAAAGCUAUCUUGAACCAGAUGCACAAAGCAAAAGCUGCGCUUCAAACCCGCCACCGGUUUGGUUACGAUGCCACUAAUUCUAUACUAAGGCUAACCCACGCAAGGAGGGGUCUAGGUGCCACUGACCCUAGGGAUUUAAUCUUUGCCAACAUUGGAGUAGCAAAUGAUGGUAAACAGAUCCCCUUGAAGGUUGAUUACACGAGUGACUGCGUCCAAGUUUACCAAGACUUUGCUCGUUAUCAGAUCAUGUAUGGAAACGGUUAUGAGGUGUUUUCGUGUCUUAGUGGCCGACGCUGUGGUAAAUUGGCUGAGAGUCUCCCGAGCUGGGUCCCCGACUGGACGGACUCUGCUGGUGGCCAAUGGGAAGAUUUAACUAGACUAUGUAACGCAUGGCUUACUCUUGAGAGUCCUACGGGGAACAACCCAUCAAGUAAUGUGUUCGCCGAAGACGGAAUCGAACUUAAAACUAGGUAUUAUGGACAUCCUGACAGGUGUAGAUGGCUCCACAAUUAUUCUCGGCCUGCAUGUCGUGGAAAGGCACUAGACAAAGUUGUCCGCAAAAGCGAACCCUUUCAUCCAAUCCGGGACUGGAUAGAAAUCGAGCAUUACCCCUCUAUUGGCCUUCCCUCUUGUUCAGAUAAUAUCGCAUGUUAUCAGAGGCUUAGAAAACUACAUGGCGAUAUCUUACCAGAAAUUAUCAUCUCACAAGAUGGUCGACCGAGUCUUCCGGAAAGAGAUCACAGUUAUAACAAGGUGAUGGCGUGGAGCCAGACCCUUGGCUUCAUAAAAUUGAACAUCACAAAGGGGUUGUCUGAAGAGUAUGUGCUUCUUCGCUUAGAGAGCGGUGGUCUCGCCUGGGUACUUGCUAGCGCACAACCUAACGAGGGGGAUUUGAUUAUUGAAAUCGAAACACUUGGAAUCAAGAAAGGCUCUGUGGUUGAUGAUGAACUCGAAUACUGUGGUGCACGAACAGGGUUCUACUUAAUUCGAAAAUGUCCAACCCUUCUUGAGGACAGCACAUAUCACGAAUUACACGAAGAGCUUCGGGAGCAAUUGGAGAUGAAAAAAGAAUAUUGGGAGGGGAGAACUUUAAUAGCCAUUUGUGAGAAAGAUUACUGUAGUUACAGCACUGAUUUGUUGGUGCCUUGUCAGAUCCUGAUGACAGCUAUUCCACACUUCCCAGAUAAGCUUAUAAUAUCUCGAUCUUCAUUGGAACAACAAUAUUUCCUCUUUCUAUAG